AUGAUGUCCCUGGCGGCCACUCUCUUGGCAUAUGCCGCCCUCCUCGCCACGGCGAGCCCCGUCGCCCAGCGCCGGGCCGUGACGGAACUCGACGAGGCCGCCACCAAGGAGGCGCACCCGCGCGACGACACGGCCACCCGCGCCUUCUCCAACGUCCAGAUCCUGACCGCCGACGGCAAGUGCCUCUUCGUCGACAAGCUGUCGGGCGACUUCCGUGCGAACCUGACCCCCAUCCAGGUCGGCGACUGCGCCAUCAAGGACAGCCAGGGCUGGGAUGUCAUCACCUCCGGGAAGCACAACGACCAGGCCAACACGAUGCUCGUCGUGAGCACUCUGACGCAAGCGUGCUUCAACUUUGACCCGCGCCGCAAGGCCGGAGACCAGGUCAACCUCUUCUCGUGCGGCGGGCGCGCGGCAGGCGAGGGCCUGGUGACGGACUCGCAGCUGUUCGCCCUGGACCCCGGGGCGGGCCCGUCGACAUUCCAACCAAGAAACGCCAAGGGCAAGUGUUUCGCGGCCCAGGGUGGCGUCGUCAACGUGGCCGACUGCGACGCCAACGACAAGGCGCAGUCCUUUGCGUUUGGCGGCCCUGCUACCGGGGGCAGCAGCGGGGGAGGAAACAAGGGCGGGAACAACGGAGGUAAUAAUAACGGGACCGAUAACUCUGGGAACGUGCCCGUGGUCACCAUCGCGCCCGGCACGACGUCUGCACCGGCCGUGGCGUCGCCUACUGCGACGACUUCACCGGCCACCGGCAACGGCAACGGCACCGGGAACGGAAACGGAAACGGAAACGGAAAAAUCCCCGCGGUCAACCCGACGACGCCGGUGCCCGUCUCCCGCGCCGGCGGGACCCUCAACCCGACGGCGGCGGCCGAGGCGAACGCGUUUGACUCGACGGCCACCCGGGCCUUCACCAAGGCGGCCAUCCACGCCCCCGACGGGCGGUGCCUCUCGGUGGACCCGACGGCGGGCGACUUCCGCCAGAACCUCAUCCCCGUCGCCCUGGCGGAGUGCGACGGCACGGCGAAUCAGCAGUGGGACAUCGUGUCCAAGGGGAAGCACAACGACGGCAAGGACAACGGCAUACUGGUCGUGAGCAGUCUGAUGAACGGGUGCGUCAGCACGGACGGGCGGCGGGCGGACGGCGACACCGUCACCGUAUUCUCGUGCGGCGGGCGCGCGGCGGGCGAGGGCCAGACGGAUGCGGGGCAGCUGGUGCGCGUGUUUGGGGACAGCUUCCUGUGGUCGCCCGUAAACGACGAGGCGACGUGCGUGGUACCCGGGGACCAGGGGCGCCUGGUGACGGCGGCGUGCAAGGGGGACGGCAGCGAGACGUACAAGAUCGUUGUUUGA